UUAAAGCUGUUGCCAAAAAAAAAAGAUCAUUUUCAAGCUAUACAAGUAGGUUUUUGAUAAAAGCUUUCAACUUUCAUCACUGAUAAUUUUUUUUAAAAAAGUCAUGUGCUUCGACUCAAUCAUCACCCACACGGCGGAGGCAGAGUACGCGACUGCUAAAACGUCGGUUUGGUGGGACAUCGAGAACUGCACUGUUCCCAAGGGCUGGGAAGCUCAUACCAUCUCUCAGAAGCUAAACUCAGCGCUGGUGAACUUGAACUACCGUGGUCCUCUCUCCAUCUAUGCUUAUGGCAACACAGAUCUCAUCCCCAAAGCUGUUCAGCAAGCUCUCUCCUCCUCUGGAAUCUCUCUUAACCACGUCCCCUCCGGAAAGAAAGAUGCGAGUGAUAAGAAGAUUCUGGUGGAUAUGCUUUUGUGGGUGUUGGAGAAUCCUGCUCCUGCUAACUUGAUGCUCAUCUCCGGUGAUGGAGACUUCUCUUAUGCUCUUAACCGUCUCCGGAUGAGGAGAUACAACAUUCUCCUCGCGCAUCCUCUUCAAACUUCGCCUUUCUUGGUUGCUUCUGCGAGGACCUCGUGGAUGUGGAAGAGCUUAAUUGCAAGUGGUUGUCCAUCCGCACGAAGCUGUUGUUGUUGUUGUUCCUCUGGUUCUGAAACAUCCAGCCAAGACGUUUCUGUUUCUGUUUCUGAGCAUGUUUUGUCCACACAAGCGAUGGACUCAGGGUCUGGUGGUACUAGUAAGGCUGCGCGGAAGAAACUCAGAAGAAUCCUGAGAGAACUAAAUCAACAGGAGACAAAAAGAAUGGAGCCUCAGAAGAAGUUUGGUGAGCCCGAAAACAUAGCUGCAGGAGCAUCAAGUGGGUGUCAUGAGCAGGAGACAGAGAUUGAGAAUAAGGUAGUUGAAGCAGGAGUUGAGAUGGUUGCGCUUUGCGGUUCGCCCAGUGUGGUGAAGAAGCAAGCAGAGGCUGUGGUGAAUGCUAAAGACAUUGAAGAAAUUGUUCAAGACAGUAGUAACCCGAAGUCUCGGGAUGCCCAAGAAGAGUCUGAAAAGAGUGGAAGAGAGUUCUGGGAGGAUUUUAAAGAAAGGCUGGACAAGAAUGGUGGUGUAGCUCCUCCUCCUCUCAGUGUACAUCAUGUUUUCAGUGAACUAAGCCGCGACUUUCAUGUGCCUAAAGAAGUCAGGGAGUGUUUUGAAGCAAUACUCAAGAAGCUAGAACCUACGCAAAAUGAUAUUGAAAUCGAGAAGUUGGAGGACAUGCUCAAACAAGGCUCGGAAAUAGAGUCAGGUGAGCCAGAGAAUAAUGCACCUGCAGAACCGACUGAGAAUCUCGAGGGGGACAUGACCAAAAAGAUGGAGAAGAAGAGUACAGUGGUUGAAGGCAAAUAUGAACCAUAUGUUUGCGCUGUUUGCAAUGUCGUUUGUGCACAUCCUUCCGUGUACGAGUCUCAUCAUAAGGGAAGGAAGCAUGCUGCUAAGUUUAAGAAGCACACAGAGGCUCUGCUUGAUGGUCAACAAAUACAAGAGGAAAUCAUUCGAGAUAAUGGUUUCCCGAGAGAUAUGACAAAGGAGUUCCAAAUCAAGCCUGUAGAGGCACCUGAGAACAUCGACAACUUAGAUGACCAAAGAGAGGAGCUGGGAGAGAGAUGUGCCACCAGCUCUGAGAGGAGUGUUGAAGAAUUUUUUCAAACUAUUGAAGAAGUAGGAGAGAAUGAUCACAAAUCUCUUCCAAAUGCAGAGUGUAUCUUCACCGAACUAAACCCCGAGUUUUCUGCCCCUCAAGAAUCUAUGGAUGGGAUUGAUGCCAUUUUCAAGAAACCAGAAGUCUCACAAGAUGCAAACUUAAGCCAGGAGUUUGAGAGUAUGCCAAACGGGAACCUUGAAAUGAACUCAGGCGAUCCUGAGAGUAGCUCUGCAGUAGCCACUGAGCAUCCAGAGGAGUACAUGGACAUGGGCAUGAGCAAGGAGAAGGUGACUAAAGAUAAAGCUGAACUUAAAGCAUAUGUAUGUAGUAUUUGCAGUGUGAUCUGCCUUUCUCCAACCGUCUUUGAGGCUCACCUGAUGGGCCGAAAGCACGCUAAAGGGUUAAAGAAACACUCAGAGGUUCUCUUUGAUGAUAAAAAGAUUGUGGAACAGAGUCUUGAAGAGAAAGAUCAUCCAAGAGACACGUUGGAGGAGCUACAGUUUGUUGUGCCUAAGGACGCACAAGUGAACGUGAAAGAAGUUACUCAAAUCAGUAAAGCACGAGUAGAUAAUAAAGAUAACGAACAGAUUCUAAGUGUUGAGUUUGCAGAACCCAAAGAAGCGAGCAGAGAGCGAUUUGACUCGAUUGUCAAAAGAUUAGACCUUUUCAUGGAGAAAACGCCAAAGCAGACGCUGGCUGAGUCUGAAAACGCAUCUGAAGGUGUGGAGGAGGUGGUGGGGACAGGGAAGGAGAAUGGAGUUGCAGCAGCUUUAGGUAGGGUUUGUGAUUGGUGCGAUGUGGUAUGCAAUACCCAAAUGGAUUUUGAUUCACAUCUAGCAGGUGAGGAGCAUGCUGCCACUUUGAGAAAGCAUGUUCCUCUGGUGAAGAAGGACGUUGCCGUUGUGUAGAAGCAAGCUGGAGCCAAACUUGCUUAUGUUCAGAAAGAAUUGGCCUUAGGCUCACUGGUAUCCAUUCUCUCAUGUGAUGAUGACUAACAAAACUGUAAUUAUUGGGCCUCUCUUAAGGUUCACUAAGAUGUGGCCUAUUUAAAUAAAUAUUGCCCAUAACUGAAAGAAAUAAAUGAAUGGGUCAAGAAAACAACUCGGUUUAUUUGUAUUAUUAAUCAAAAUAGUCUUGUAAAGUUUUUGCAGAACCUAA